CGGCGGCGCGAGGUGGGCCCGGCCCGGCGCUGCCCUGGACAGCGGCAAGUUUGGGAGUUGCACUAGUUUGCGGGGUGGGGGAGAGGCCGGCUGGGGGGCCAUGGAGGAGGAUCGGGGAUCGUCGCUGGCGGCCGAGUCGGCGCUGGAGAAGAACGUGGCGGAGCUGACCGUCAUGGACGUGUACGACAUCGCGUCGCUCGUGGGCCACGAGUUCGAGCGAGUCAUCGACCAGCACGGCUGCGAGGCCAUCGCGCGCCUCAUGCCCAAGGUCGUGCGUGUCCUGGAGAUCCUGGAGGUGCUGGUCAGCCGCCACCACGUCGCGCCCGAGCUGGACGAGCUGCGCCUGGAGCUGGACCGUCUGCGCCUGGAGAGGAUGGACCGCAUUGAGAAGGAGCGCAAACACCAGAAGGAGCUGGAGCUGGUGGAGGACGUGUGGCGGGGGGAGGCGCAGGACCUCCUUUCUCAGAUCGCCCAGCUGCAGGAGGAGAACAAGCAGCUCAUGACCAACCUCUCGCACAAAGAUGCCAACUUCUCCGAGGAGGAAUUCCAGAAGCACGAAGGCAUGUCGGAGCGCGAGCGGCAAGUGAUGAAGAAGCUGAAGGAGGUGGUGGACAAGCAGCGCGACGAGAUUCGCGCCAAGGACAGGGAGCUCGGUCUGAAGAACGAGGAUGUGGAAGCUCUGCAGCAGCAGCAGACCCGGUUGAUGAAAAUCAACCAUGACCUCCGCCACCGUGUGACAGUGGUAGAGGCCCAAGGGAAGGCCCUGAUCGAACAGAAGGUGGAACUAGAGGCAGAUCUGCAAACCAAGGAACAGGAGAUGGGCAGCCUACGGGCAGAGCUUGGGAAGCUGCGAGAGAGGCUGCAGGGCGAACUCAGCCAGAAUGGAGAGGAGGAGCCUGAGACAGAGCCGGGCGGGGAGGAGUGCGUCUCGGAGGCGGAAAAGGUGGCCAUGGAUCUCAAGGACCCCAACCGCCCCCGGUUCACACUGCAGGAGCUGCGGGACGUGCUCCACGAGAGGAACGAACUCAAGUCCAAAGUGUUUCUAUUGCAGGAGGAGCUGGCAUACUACAAGAGUGAAGAAAUAGAAGAGGAAAAUCGAAUACCCCAACCUCCAGCAGUGGUCCACCCGAGAAUAUCCCCCCAGCCUGAGUCCGGGAUCAAGCGACUUAAAGAAGGUCCUUUAAGUGACGGGUUUAGCUUCUUCUCCCGAGACAAGAAGCGUCUGGCCAACGCGCAGAGGAACGUGCACAUCCAGGAGUCCUUUGGCCAGUGGGCCAACUCCCACCGCGAUGAUGGUUACACGGAGCAAGGACAGGAAGCCCUGCAGCACCUGUGACCACAGCCCCCGCCUCCCCCACCCCACGCCCUCGGACCGGAACUGUCCCCCGCCAGCACCCGCAGCGGAACCCAACAGCCCCAGGUGUCUCGACCUUGCACACCUCUGGGUUCAGAAGCACCCUCAGAACUGAUCCCUCAAACAGACUGUCUCCUUUGAGGAAGCACACUGAAAAACUGACACCAGACUCGAAAGACAUGUUUAUUUAUACCCAGGGCUCUCACCAUUUAUAAUAGAUGACUGAUCCCUUAGGAUAUAUAUUUAAUAAUACCAUGAGCAGAGGCCAGACUUUUGCAUUAACUUCAGUAACACAAGCUUCUUUAAGCCAAAUACAUCACAUGCACUGUAA